AUGGCCCCUACCUCACCCCCUUGGUGGAGCGAUGAUCGGGUAUAUGAGACUGUGACUUCAGCUUAUGUCCAUUCGCAUCUUCGUCCCAAUGAACAGGAACUAUUACAGCGACCUCUUUAUUUCGGAGGCGAUUUGACCGACGAUACCUAUCUUGAUUGGAUUCUUACCCGGGCGAAGCGUUUCUUCCUCAUCCUGGUAGCGACAGGUGUCCCAGAUCAGAUAUUUGGCAUUGUCGACGAUUCGUAUGACGAUGAAGACCUUCCUGUGAUUGAGCAGGCAAUACCCGAUUUACGAUUGUCAUUUCAGCCUGAUCGAUCUCUCGACAAACGGUUCUACAAGAAUCAGUUCCGCUUCCUUACCCGUGUUGUUGGUGAGGGCGAGCACAUACGAUAUGCUGACGAGGAAACUAUUCCUGUUAUCCCCCUUAGCUUGAAGACUGUGGUCCUUCCUAGAGGAAAUGAUGGGACCGACAGAGUUCGGCUCCCCUCAGAACCGGCGAAAACAGUUCUACGCCGUCGAAUCGUCUUGGACUCGCAAUGGACGGAAGAGGAUAUUCUCAUGGAGAUAGCUACGAGUCGGAGACUGUGCCACGAGCACAUCAGCUCUGUUUUCGGUUCCUAUCUACAUCAAGGCGCGUUUAAUGUUCUGUCCCUUCCAGCGGCGGAAUGGAGUCUCAAAACUUUUCUUACCGACACCCCCAAAGCAUUUAAUGCCUUAUCGAAAGUCGAACGUCGCCACCAUCUCAUCAAUUGGCCACAUUGUCUCGCCAAUGCCUUGACAUGGCUUCACAAAAAUGGCGAAUUCCAUGGAGCUAUUCGACCGUCCAAUAUCCAGAUCGAUAGCAAUUUCCGGAUAUGUCUCGGUCUCCUUGAUGGUGACGGCCUACUUCGUGAUAGUGUGAGGUCGGAUGACAUUGAAGCAUAUCAAUACGCCCCACCAGAAAGAUGGAAGAGAGCGGUAACUGUCCAGAAUACAGGGUCUGCCACAGUAUCCCUGCCGUCUGGUGGGCGAUCGGGCCGAAAGAUGACUGGCAAGUCCGAGAAGUGGAAUUCCUCUGAUGGCGAUAAUAGUGUCAGAGCAAGGACGGAUUCUAUUGCGGCAGCUUACACUUUUCAACCGACUUCGAGAGGAAACUAUGCAAGACUGAGAUUGAGCGCGGCGAUGGGUCCUGAUGCACCGCCUCAACCUACUGUUCGUGGACGCAAUAUGAGAUCUCCGACCGAUAACAAGUCGGUGUCAACCCAAGCUACGACACGUCCAAAGCCCGCUUCCGUGAUAUCAUCGACUGGUUCUAGCGGAAGGAACAUCGCCUCUUCGUUUCGAAGCAACCCUAUGUUUAUCUCUGCCCCUGAAGGUCGAAGUGCGGUUGUACAAACAUGGCAAUCGGUUGAGCAAGACAUGUUUACUUCCGACAUCUUUUCUCUGGGCGCGGUAAUUCUAGAUAUUCUCACUAUUCUGUGCAAACGAAGCUAUAGCUCAUUUGCAAGACACCGAUCAGCCAAAAACCGGAACGCUGGCCGAGGAGGUGGCUUGGCAGAUGCAAGCUUCCAUGCAAACCUUGGACAAGUCUUUCUGUGGGCACAAUCGCUUCAGAACGAGGCAGAGAAGAAAGCCAAAAAAGACGAAAGCCAAGUGUACCAUGCUGUUGGACCAGUCGUACAGCUAACACUCCAAUGCCUCGAACGAGACCCUGCUACUCGAUUGACCAGUGAGAAGCUGGAACAAAAGCUGGAAGAUUACAUCUGUCGCUUCUCCAGCAUCGCCAGUCUCCAUUGUGCUGCUGAAAAGGUCAAGGAACCUAAAGAAAAUACCAGAAGCGAUUCUGCCGCACCUGAUGCUGUGUCUGCUGAGCGUUCAGUGAAAGAAACGUCAUCGCAUGAUCGACUUCGACAACCUUCACCAAAUCCACGAACCCUGGCCCGGGAAUGGAGACAAGAACAACAACGAACAAUCUUACCCGAUGCGCAAAUACUUCAAUCGCCCAUAAGUGACGUUCCAUCAAGUCGUGGCAUGUCGGUCAGCACCACCCCGGCAACAACUUCAGCUAGCUCGCUAGCGUCGUUCAAUUUCGAUGGUCUAUCAGAUACAGUCGUUGGAGAAAGUCCUAGGUCGAGAGACCAUUCUCGCAAGGCUGGACGUCGGAGGGACAAUCGUGGCCCUCGUCACGUCGAUGUGCCAUGGUCCGAGGAACAGGAGCGUAACAAUAGGAGAGAGCAGAUGCAGUAUUGGAACACAUGGCACCAGAACGAUAGCGAAGUCGAUCCCCGCCUGUCCUUUGGAGAAUCCAUCGACGCUGGUGCCUUCACAUUCGUCAACUACAGCACCAGCGCUUCAUCAGAAGAAGGAGCGAAAUACUUUCCUCGACCACCUUCAAUCCCGGCCGAACCUCCCACGAAAGCACCGAAUAGAGCGCUGCCUCCAGUACCCCCGAUCCCGAACCACGUAAGGCCCAGCCGAUCAAAUCAACGACUCAUACCUAUCCUUGCAUCUCGCGAGGAAUUGGCAUUAUUGAGUCAUUUCUCGAACGCUGCCGCCGCUGGACAUCCACUGCGUGUUGACAGUCUCCCAAAGGAGCUCAACGACGAUGAAGACGACUAUCAAGAUAUAUUACAACAUACCAGGCGGCCUCAUACUGCCAAGACCUCUUCGAGGAGUAAAUCGAGACAAGACUACGAGCAUCACUACAGGGGCCGCCAGAAAUUUGCUGAAGCAUAA